AUAACCAUAUACAUAAAAAUACACAACAAAUUGCCUGCGAAUGGCAAUGAAUAACUUAACAAAUAACGGUAACGGUGUCAAUAGUAUAAUAACAAUUUUAACAAUAACAACAACAACAAUCACAACAGCAGCAGAAGCAGCAGCAGCAAUAAUAGCAACAAGAAGGAGAGCGCCAUUAACAAUGCCAUCAUUACCAACAAAUAGCAAUAGUGCAAAUGAAACAGUAAUAAUAGCAACAUCAACAACAACAGGAGCCAUACCAUUAUCCGCAUUAGCAAAUACUACAACGUUUACUACCUUUAACAAUGACGGCCAUUCAGCAACAUUGCCCUCAUCAUCAUCUUUGUCGACAAUGGCCACUAAUGCAACAAUGUUAACAGCAACAACAACAACAACAACAACAACAAGCAAUCAACAACCAUCACCAUCACUAUCAAUACCAAUGACAACGUCAAAUACGGUUGUAGUUGUAGGUAGUGGUGGUGGUUCCUCGUCUUUGGCCGUCAACAUGAGUAAUGGUAAUUUAUUAAAUGGCGCCGCGGGCCAAAUAAAUUCUAGUGGAAAUGGCGUUGAUCUACCAUUGUCCCAUGGUCCAAUUGUGCCUACUACUACGUUCGUCGGUGUUAGUCAAUAUCAGGCAUCGUAUAGUACAACGGGUAUUGGUCCCCCGGCAACCUUGACAUCAAAUCUUUUGGGUUUUAUGGGUGGCAUUGGUAUAGCUAGCAGCCAAGCAGCCGCUGCUGUCGCGGUGGCUGCUAAUAAUGCUGGAAACGCCGCUACUGGCUUUCAUAAUAAUAAUAAUAAUAACAACAAUGAUAACAACAACAAUAUGGACAAUACAAGUGAAGAUUCAAAUCCCGUUACAAUUUACAGGUGCCGGGCCCCAAUAGCAUCACUCGACUGUAUGGAGGAGUUCAGUGGUACGGGAGGUCAUCUUGAUUUCGGUCGGUCGAUAAGCCUCGGCUCGAAUCCGGCUUUACCGUUACGCCCAGGUUCUACACCAACACCAGGGUUACGCUACAAGAAUCUGGGCAAAAGUGGUUUGCGAGUUAGCAAUGUAGGUUUGGGCACAUGGCCGGUAUUCUCACCAGGUGUUAGCGACGAUCAGGCUGAAGCCAUUCUUAAAUUGGCGAUUGAAAGUGGUAUCAAUUUGUUCGAUAUAUCGGAGGCUCAUUCGGAAACGGAAAUUGGCAAAAUUCUCCAAAGGACUGGUUGGAAACGUACCGCUUAUGUCAUAACCACAAAAGUCUAUUGGAGUACCAAAUCCGAAGAACGUGGCCUUUCACGCAAACACAUAAUCGAAUGUGUUAAGGCGAGCUUACAACGUCUACAACUACAAUAUAUUGAUAUUGUUAUCAUACAUAAAGCGGACGCUAUGUGUCCUAUGGAAGAAAUUGUACGUGCCAUGAAUUAUAUUAUACAACAAGGUUGGGCCAUGUACUGGGGUACAGCUCGUUGGUCUCAGGUGGAAAUUAUGGAAGCCUACACAAACUGCCGUCAGUUUAACUGUAUAACGCCCAUUGUUGAGCAAUCGGAAUAUCAUAUGUUCUGUCGCGAAAAAUGUGAACUUUAUCUGCCAGAAAUGUAUAAUAAAAUUGGUGUCGGCUUAAUGGCUUGGGGUCCAUUAUCAAUGGCUUUGAGUGAUGCACAAAAUGGUGAAAAAAUUUUUUUACCUAAAGGUUCAUUUAAAACUAAAAGUCAAAGUUAUUCUUGGACCGAAGAUGAGAUCAAUAAAAAUGCUGCUUUGUCGCCUCAGGGCAGUUGGAGCAAGGAACGUUUGGAAGAAGGCCGUCGGCAUUCAGAUCGUUUAAGAGAUUUGGCUGCUUUGGCCGAAAAGUUGGGAUGUACUCCCACGCAGUUGUCGAUAGCUUGGUCUUUGAAACACGAACCUGUUCAAUGCUUACUUUUAGGCGCAACUUCAGCCGAACAAUUACACCAAAGCUUGCAAUCGCUUCAGUUACUGCCACGUCUCUCGACCAGUGUAAUGUUAGAGGUGGAAAGAAUUUUAGAGAAUAAACCGGUGAGACCGCCAAUGAUAUCAACGUUAGCACUUCGGUGACAAUCAGCUUGCCCUCAGGGGCCCCCCAGCCUAACUGGCGGUGUUGUUGUCGGUGGCGGCAGUGGCUUGGGCACCUGUGGGGCAGAAUCUCCCAAAAA